AUGAGACGCUUUCAUCACAGUCCAAGAUUACGUUGCUUACGGGUCUAUAGCACUUACACAUCUGGACCCCACGGUGUGGAAGGUAGACUUCCAUAUGAUUUCAAGAGCACCUCGCCGGUGAAUAACGCACUUGCUAUCACUGAUCCUUACAUGCUUUAUCAAAGCUAUAUCUCCCUGGGAUUAUUAGAGAAGGAUGCCGACCAGUUGCGUAUCAUGAAAGAAUUUCAGAAGCUUUAUCAUCGUGUCAUGGACUAUAACCCUCCGCAAGAUAUGGCGAUCAAGGCUUCCCUUUUGCUAAGAAAACUCGAGAUUAGAGAGGCUGAAGAGCGACAGAAUGUCACAUCACUACGCCACCAGCCCCUCUAUAAGCUUCGCCUGUGGUUUAGAAAGGAUAUUAACAAGCAGAAGCGAGAACUCGUACGAUUCAUGUCUGAUGAAGAGGAGCUUCAUAAUAUUGCGUCUCCACAGGGUCUCUUGGUCAAUGGGGAGGUUGGAUCAGGAAAAUCUAUGCUCAUGGAUAUAUUUGCCAACUGCUUGCCCCAUCAAUCAAAGAUGAGAUGGCAUUACAAUAACUUUAUUCUCUGGGUAUAUGGAGAGAUCCAUCGCAUUCAGAAGGAGAGAAUGCUUACAGCUUCGAUCAAUGGUAAGCAUAAAAUGACCAUGGAGAAUGAAUUCAUUUUGUUUGAAAUCGCUCAGAAAAUGAUUGCCAAUAGCACGAUAUUCAUGCUAGACGAAUUCAUGCUUCCUGAUGUGGCAUCGGCUCAGAUCGUCAGAAUCUUAUUUACGUAUUAUUUCAAGCUCGGAGGGGUUUUGGUGGCCACAUCAAAUAAGCUUCCUGAGGAAUUGUACUCAUCCGAGUUCAAUAAGUCUCGCUUCAAAUCAUUCGUUGGUAUUCUCAACUCUAGGUGUGCAACAGUUGACAUCAAGUCUGAAACUGACUAUAGAUUGAAACUAGCUCAAUCAUCUACAAAAGCCAAGAACUCGGUUGUUAUAGAAGGAAAUAACAACCAUGAAGCAGAAUGGAACUAUUUGAUAAAAUCGAAUGCCUUGGGCAUAGAGCCCAACUCAGAGAUCAUGGACCCAAAGGUGAAUAUCGAUUGCUUACCCUCCCAAGCAGCUUCGAUCACAGUUUACAAUCGAUCAUCAAUGAUUCCAAAAACUUUCAAAAAUAACGCUGUUUGCUUGUUAUCAUUUGACUAUAUUUGUCGAGAAAGGUUUAGCUCAUCGGAUUACAUCACUCUUGCAUCUGUUUACAAGACUGUUAUAAUAGAUGAUAUUCCUGUAAUGACUACGAAAAUGAGAAACGAGGCGCGUAGAUUCAUCACUCUUUUGGAUGCACUUUACGAGGCAAAAUGUCAACUUUUUAUCCGAACAGAGGUAGAAGUUGAAAAUUUGUUUUUCCCUGAAGAGGCAAAAGAUGUCGAAAUCGAAUCUAAGGAGGUUCAGGAAGAGGAAAUGUAUGCAAGGACUACUUUGGAUACUUUAAAUCCCUACAGACCCAAUGUCACUUCUUAUGAUCGUGACUAUGCCAAGGAGUUCAAGUACAGUUCGAAGAAAGUCGAUUUUAGUAAUGCACUGGCAUUUACAGGAGAAGAUGAAAAGUUUGCUUACAAGAGAGCUGUGUCUAGAAUUAAGGAAAUGGUUGGAUCGGAUAACUGGAGAAGCAUUGAUCGCUGGGUUCCCAUUGAUAUCACUAUGCGGCCCUGGGAAGAUGAAAAAGCAGAACUACUGGAAGAGAGAUUAUAUGGGUAUAGUCUGACUCCAGUUGGGUCAGAGGAAAAGGUUCUGGUUCAUGACGUGAAGGAGGCUCUUAAUGACUCUCUUCCUAAAGAUGUCAGUGUGCAAUACAAUAUGCCAUUCCGUGAGUUCAAUCAUAAGGUUGCACCAUCCAUUUCGAGGCCAGAACAUUUCUGGGCAAAGGGGAACUGGGAAGAUGGAAAGCUGAAGAAAAUUAAAGAUAGACUCGCACGAAAUGAACAUAAAUACAAAGCGACUACAGUAUGA